AUGAUCUCGCACGCUGUCGCACGAGCGCCAUCCGACGUUGACUACCGCAGCGAGCUUUGCAUUGGUGCCGAGCCAGAACAGGGGUCGUCAUCGCGCACUCGGCAGACUAGUUGCCGCAUCCAAUCAACACGAUCCAUGAUCCUGCUUCUCCUUCCUUGGCCGGCGCCUCGUAUCGGUCUCAUGCUUCUUACAUGGUUUCUUGGAACAAAAGGCAGGCUGUGCAAGAGGCGGAGAACCGGGGCUGGUCAGUCGUGUGGCAUCGGCGUUUACGUGAAGCUCUCUCGGAAUCGAGGCUGCGGACUACGACAGAGAAAGAGAAAUUCGCUAGAUGCCGAGCUGGCAUUUUUGGUGCACCACACACGAUCAUGCAUCGGCACAACUGCACAGCUUGACGGCUGCUCCUCUCUCGCCUCGCUGGCGGAUCGACAUUCCGCCCCUGAAAUCCGACCUCGCCAACGAUUCAGCCUACUCCUGCAGCUUGCCAGCGUGAAGCUGUGUCUGGGAUUCGCUUCGGUCCUUUCCUCCGGUUCAUCGAGCCGACCGACGGCAUGUCGGAAUUUGCCAUAUCGCUAUUUGCGUGCCCAUCAUCCCCGGAGGCUCACUACCUCACCUGCCUCCCUUUCGUUUGGACUUCGUUUGUGCAGCCGCUUGACGUUCGGCAUCAUUGGUGGCAUGCAGAACCGUCCAAGUCUUUCUCCAGCAUCGGCCCGGCGUUUCCACUUCCAUCACCACAGAGACUCUUACAUCACCAUGAAGCUCUCAUCCACAGCCAUCGUGGCAGCUGUAUCGCUCGCCUCGUCGGUCGCCGCCAACAUCGGCCGUGGCGUUCCCGACCCCAAGAACAUUCAGAACCUCUACAAGCGUCACCGCGACAGUGGCCACUACCACAAGCUCAUCUACAAGCGCGGUUCGCCCGCCGACUCGGCUCUCAAGCCGCGCGCCACCACCGAGCCCGAGCAGGCCGCCAUCACGUCUGCCAAGCAGGAAUGCCAGGCCUACUACCUCCCCGAGAUGGCCGCCAUCCAAAAGCAGUUCCCUGUGCCCUGGGACAACGCCACCAUCCUCCCCGGUGAUACCGAGGCCAUGAACGUCUGGAACGCCAUCAAGAACUCGGGCACCAUCCCCACCGACGUCAAGCCCAAGGGCAAAGUCAACGGCGAUUUCACGUCGUUCACACCCACCUACCCUCACAGCGAUCCCGACUGUUGGUGGACCUACAAUGGCUGCGACACGCCCAAGCACCCCAACCUCGCCGCCGACCUCACGCAGUGCCCUGAGCCCAACACCUGGGGUCUCACCUUCGACGACGGCCCCAACUGCACCCACAACGCCUUCUACGACUUCUUGCAGCAGAACAAGCAGAAAGCCACCAUGUUCUAUAUCGGCUCCAACGUCCUCGAUUGGCCGCUCGAGGCGCAACGUGGUCUGGUCGACGGUCAUCACAUCUGCGUUCACACCUGGUCGCACCAGUACAUGACCGCGUUCCCCGACGAGCAGGUGUUCGCUGAGCUCUACUACACUGCCAAGGCGAUCAAGGACGUUGUCGGUGUUACGCCCACUUGCUGGCGCCCACCGUUCGGCGACAUCGACGACCGCGUUCGUGCCAUCGCCAAGGGUUUGGGAUUGGAAUCGGUGCUGUGGACCGACGACACGGAUGACUGGAAGAUCCUGCCCGCCGGUACCGAGCCUACUGCGAGCAUCGACGCCAACUACGCCUCGAUCAUCGCCAAGGAGACCAACGGACCCACCGCCGGCCAGGGCAACAUCGUCCUCACCCACGAGAUCAACGGACACACCAUGGACGAGUUCAUGAAGCAGUACCCCAAGAUCCAGGCGGUCUUCAAACACAUUGUACCGCUCACCGCCUGCAUGAACCAGACCAACCCGUACCCUGAGAAGAUCACCUACCCCAACUUUGCCCAGUACAUCGCCGGCAACAUCAACGCGACCGGCCUCCCGCAAGGUUCCCAGAUCAAGGCGGGCGACAACAACUACCAGCCCAGCGCGGCGAUCAGCCAAACGGCUACGGGAACCCAGACCGGUGGCAUCUCCGGUGCUACGGGUGCCGGAUCGUCCAGCUCGACUGGUUCGAGUGGCUCGAGCAGUUCGACGACAAAGGCGAACCAGAGCAACGAGAAGUCGGCGGGUACAUCGUUGGUCGUCGGUGGAUCGUUGGCUCUCGUCGGUCUGCUUUCCGUCGUCGUCAUGCUUGUCUAA